AGAACGAGAGCAAAGAGCGGGCGAGGCGGAGGAGCCACGUCGCAUCAUAAUUCACGUAGUUACCGAAUGGCGCCUACCUGUGCUACGCUGUCCACAAAAUUGCUACCAGGCCUGGACUGGAGACCGCUGACUUUCGAAGAUUCCCUUCCAUCGAACUGGGUGUGCCAAGUCUGUGGACUGGUGUGCAAGAAAACAGCGGUGCUGCAUUGCUCCCACACACUCUGCAAUGUGUGCUUCGAGGCCUGCGUGGCACUGGGCGGUGUGUGUCCCGUGGACGGGGAAAUGUUUCACCCGGAUGACGUUGGUAAGGUGAGGGUACGAUCGGGACAAUUGCUCAAACUAAGGGUGUCCUGUUGGAACCAUGCCCACGGCUGCAGCUUCGUGGGCCCCGUCUUCGAGCUCCUGGACCACUUUGAGAAGGAGUGCGUACACCACAAUGUUUCUUGUCCUCGGUGUAACCAGGACGUGCCGCGGAGGAACCUGGUACAGCACCGCGUAAGUGGCUGCGACCCUACCAGAAGUGCGAAAUCGGCGCCGCCAGAUGUGACUUACCUGGGAGGACAGUUAACUGAAGCUUUGGAUAAGGCAAGUGCAGAGAUCAAGCAGUCUAUUGCUGAGCUCAAAGACAGCUACAAUGAGUUGCAGGCCACUGUCAACACGGUCGCGGACCACGUCAUACGUGGACGUUCAGAAGCUAAGCAAGUAAUAUAUGAAGCCAUUGCACGUCACUUCACACGGCUACAAGUCGCUCACACAUAUGGGAAUUCUUCUGGAAAACCCUUGGUGAAUGAAAAGGAGUCUAAGGACGGGGAUGCAUACCUCUGCCCAGAGGCUGAAGUUCAGCGACAAGGAGAUUCAGACAGCCGACUAAACCUGGAAGGCCACAAGAUCUAUGAUCGCUCCUUCCUCAUUAGGCUCCAGGCGGCGCCCAUGUCGCUCAAGAAGCCACUUGGACUGCCCGAGUUAAAUAUAUUCAAGGGCAAGGCAAUGCUGCACAAGCUUCCCGAAGUGCAGCGUCCCCGGUAUCUGCAAAACGAUCUUCACCAAAUAGGCGACGCGUUGGGCCACACAUUGUGGGAGAAUGAUACGAAGAGGACCGUCUGUUGGAUAUAGCGCCCACACCGAACAAUUGUUCAUGUCACUCCACGUUCCCAGCGGGUGGACCAGUCAACUCCUGACAGAGGCGGGGAUGAAUGGGCUGCCUCCAGAGCCAACCCGGGGUGCUAUUCUGGUCGCAAACGGGUACCUUUCGAGUUGUGACGUAUCGAGAAAGAAGGGGCGGAGCCUCAAACUAGAAUGACUCUUGUUUGAGGCUCCGCCCCAACGUACGGGUUCACGCACGCGGUCAGCUAGAAUCUGACGAUCCCCCUACGUCGCGAUGACGUGUCAACGCAGUUGGGGCGUAGAAAUCCCCGCAUUUCACCCUGUCCUUUUUGUUAUCUUCUUUCUUUCCUCCGGGAGUUAGAACUAGCGAAUAACGGAGGAAGGGCUACCUUCCGGAAAAUGGAAGUAAGCAGAAGAAAAUUUUUUCCUUUUAUAAAAUACAACAGAUUAUUUCAAUAAUUAUGAUGUAAAGUAAAUUUAGGUAAGAUAUCUCUGCUUGUUUUCUCGAAGUCCUUCGCUACGGUCUUUGAAAACAAACAUGGCGAAAACCGCGGUAACGA